ACAAACCUGUGUUGUGUGUUCAGCAGAAACAUUUGCCUGCCUUUGCACACGGCGGUGGUGCCAAACGAUUUGCAUCAAAAGCCUUAAGACACGUUUUCUAAGACUCGAAAACCUAUUUGGUCCUCACACAAUGUGCAUCCGUAACAGCAGGUGUCUCCUACAGAGGAGGAUCACGAUGAAGGGGAUUUUAUUAGGGGUGUUUUUUCUCGCAAAUUCUCUCGUCCUCUCUUCCGGUCUUACCCAUCAUUACCGCUUUUUCGGUCAACCUUUGACUUGGGCUGAAGCGCAGGCCUACUGCAGGCGGACGCACGCAGACCUGGCAACCGUGGAGAACUCCGAAGAACUGGACCUGCUUCUGGACACACUCCGGUCCGCCGGCUACAGCUCCAACGUCUGGAUUGGUCUGUACAGCGAGAUCGACUGGAAGUGGUCCGACUCUUACACCGGGACCGGGGCUGACUACAGGCACUGGAGGAGUGACUUGAACGAACCGGAGUUUGAGAGCGCCAGGCAAUUCUGCGUGAAUUCCGGGAGCGCCGGGAAUUGGUGGGAUGAUGAUUGUGCGCUAAAACUUCCGUUUAUUUGUUACAGCGGAACGCCGGAGUCGGCCAUAUUUUCUCUUCAGAGUGAGCAACGGAACUGGUCCAGCGCUCAGAGGUUCUGCAGAGAGAACUUUGUGGACCUUGCAACCGUGAAAACAGAUGCAGAAAACCAGAUACUGGAUAACAAAAUAGAUUCUUCAGCCUGGAUCGGUCUGUACAGGGAUCCAAACCUUUUUUGGUCUGACGGCAGCGACUUCCUCUUCAGCAACUGGGACUCUGUCAUCAAUCCAAUUGGCUCAAUGCCGGUCAUAUGUGGCGUCACGUCUUCUGGGCGACUGGGAAAAUGGAGAUUUUUGCCCUGUGAAACUAAAUUACCAUUUGUCUGCUACAGUGUAUUUAGAAAGGUGGUGAAGCUGAGACUGAAUGUGGAGAACGCCGUAGAUCCGAAUGACCCGGUUCUGAAAGCAAACAUCCUGACAAAGCUCCAGGACAGACUGCAGCAGAGUGGAGUGAGUGGAGCCGCCCUGAAGUGGAGAGAGCGACAUGCUGGAGGAGUCUUCCUGAGGGAACAAUGAGAUCCAAAAUAUAACCCCAUGUUCAUUUAUGAUAGCUCAUUUUUAGCAUGUAUUUAAAUGCUCUAUAAAUAAUCUGCAUGCUGCCUCUACCGGCACGUCGUCCUCCACACACUGAAAUGUGCAGAGCUUUGCAUUGUGGCGUCUCAAACCUCCACGUCACUCAGGGAGCAUGUGGGUAGAGUUCACAAAAAUUAUGCUCAAGUAAAAGUAGAACUACUACAGCAUAGUAGUACUCAAGUAAAAGUAAACAGAAGUUAUUCAAGUAAGAGUAAAAAAAAGGAUUCCGUAAAACAGCCCCGCAAAUUAUGACUGCUUGACCGUAUUUGAUGGUACGAUGAGAUUCAAUAUUUUACAAUGUUAGUGUCUUCAGAUAGACUAACAAUAUUACAAUUUUACACAAAUUCUGGCAUUUCCGAAACAAAAAUGAAAAAAACUAAGUAGCCCUUUUCUGUUUCCAUUUUUUCUGUGUAAAACGUAUGAAACUAGUGCUUACAGUAGAUUCCCCCCAAGGCAAAGGAAAAAUAGAGCUGCAAAAUUUUACGUUUCUACUUUGUACUGUCAUGUUAUGAAAAUCUAAAUAUUUAUAUUAAAUGAACAUAAAAAAAUUAUGUAAAUGCCAAAAUGAUAUUCUUGUCAUGUAGAUAGUUCUCUUAUUAUUUAAUGAAGAUUUCUUCUGCACUGAAGUUACAGCUAACCCAGAUUCACUUGACUUUACCAACAGCCCCCUCUAGAGGGAGCCCGUUUUUAUUUGUUGGUUAUUACUCAACUGCUCCUGUCAAACUAGUUGCUCUGUCAUUUUUGUUAGAGGGGGGGGGGUAACUGUUCAAUGCAUGUAUGUGUAUCUCUAAAACUGCUAAAAUGACAAAAAUAAAGUAUAUUUAAAAAAAAAAAAAGCAAAAAG